CCUAGUUUCUUAAUGGUUACGAGGAGAGGAUGAUCAAGGCACCAAUUCUACAGUCUCUAUUGGCUUCUAGAGACGAUUUAACACAUAACCCAGAAGUCAACAACUUUGGAGGGAAAGAGCAAGAAUGUUUAUACCUCUUGAAGAGAUGCAACAACAUUGACGAGUUCAAGCAAGUUCACGCCAGAUUCAUCAAGCUAAGUUUGUUCUGCUCUUCUUCAUUCUCAGCUAGCAGCGUUCUCGCAAAAUGCACUCACUCGGGGUGGGAGAACAGUAUGAAUUACGCAGCUUCGAUAUUCCGAGGCAUUGAUGAUCCUUGUACCUUUGAUUUCAAUACAAUGAUUAGAGGGUAUGUUAACGAAAUGAGUUUUGAGGUAGCAUUGUGUUUUUACAAUGAGAUGAUGGAGAGAGGGAUUGAGCCAGAUAAUUUCACGUACCCGUGUCUUCUCAAGGCUUGUACUCGUUUGAAGUCGAUUCGAGAAGGGAAGCAGAUUCAUGGGCACGUGUUUAAGCUUGGUCUUGAAGCUGAUGUGUUUGUUCAGAAUAGUUUGAUUAAUAUGUAUGGAAGAUGUGGAGAGAUGGAACUUUCUUCUGCGGUUUUUUAUAAAAUGGAAUUUAAAACAGCUGCGUCUUGGAGCUCAAUGGUUUCUGCUUGUGUAGGCAUGGGAUUGUGGAGCGAAUGCUUGAUGUUAUUCGGUGAAAUGUGUAGAGAAACGAAUUUGAAGGCUGAGGAAAGUGGAAUGGUUAGUGCUCUCUCAGCUUGUGCCAACACAGGUGCACUCAAUCUAGGAAUGAGCAUCCAUGGCUUCCUGUUGAGAAACAUAAGCGAACUCAACAUAAUAGUCCAAACUUCACUUGUAGAUAUGUACGUUAAAUGCGGGUGCUUAGACAAAGCGUUGCAUAUAUUUCAGAAGAUGGAAAAGAGGAAUAAUUUGACUUACAGUGCAAUGAUCUCAGGAUUUGCGUUGCACGGAGAAGGAGAAUCAGCUUUAAGAAUGUUCUCUGAGAUGAUCAAAGAAGGCUUAGAACCAGAUCAUGUUGUGUAUGUCAGUGUUCUCAAUGCCUGUAGCCACUCUGGUCUUGUUAAAGAAGGUCGUCGAGUCUUCGAACAAAUGUUAAAGGAAGGUAAGGUGGAGCCAACGGCUGAGCAUUAUGGCUGUCUUGUAGAUCUUCUGGGAAGAGCCGGAUUGCUCGAGGAAGCAUUGGAGACUAUCCAAAGCAUACCCAUUGAGCAAAAUGAUGUUGUCUGGAGAACCUUCUUAAGCCAAUGCAGAGUUCAUCAGAACAUUGAGCUAGGCCAAAUAGCAGCUCAAGAACUCCUUAAGCUAAGCUCACACAACCCAGGUGAUUAUUUGCUGAUCUCUAACAUGUAUUCACAAGCUCAAAUGUGGGAUGAUGUAGCCAGAGCUCGAACAGAAAUCGCUAUCAAGGGUUUGAAGCAAACCCCGGGUUUUAGCACUGUCGAGGUAAAAGGUAAAACCCAUAGGUUUGUUUCACAAGAUCGAUCGCACCCACAAUGCAAAGAAAUCUACAAGAUGCUACACCAGAUGGAAUGGCAACUAAAGUUCGAAGGAUAUUCACCAGACUUGACACAGAUAUUGCUAAACGUAGAUGAAGAAGAAAAGAAAGAGAGACUAAAAGGACACAGCCAAAAGGUGGCUAUUGCCUUUGCACUAUUGUAUACACCUCCAGGGUCUAUCAUUAAAAUAGCUAGAAACCUGAGGAUGUGUAGUGACUGUCACACAUAUACAAAGAAAAUCUCCAUGAUCUACGAAAGAGAGAUUGUUGUAAGAGACAGAAAUAGGUUUCACCUGUUUAAAGGUGGAACUUGUUCUUGUAAAGAUUAUUGGUAGGUUCAAAUCCUUCAGUUUCUCUAAUGUUAAUUUCCUGUUCCAGGCUCUUUUAAGCAUGAAGAUACCAAUAACAGAAGCAGUGAAUAAAAACAAACACAACAG